CUUUUUCAACAGUGUGUGCUCUCUCUGCUCUCAGCUACACGGCAACAGGAAGAUUUACAGCAGCAGCGCCGAGCAGUCCGAGGCUGUGUAGUCAUGUGACUGCAGCAAUCACAUGACUGGUUCAACAGUGAAAGUAGAGUAACAGAACUUAUAGCGAAGAACUAGCAGUAGCUACAGUACUGCCAUGUCUCCUGUGUGGGCUCUGGCUGUUCUCUGUCUUCUCCGACCCGCUCUGGGAACCAACGGGACCCGUCCCAAUAUCGUUCUGCUGCUGAUGGAUGAUAUGGGAUGGGGAGAUCUCGGUGUGUUUGGUGAACCCUCCAAAGAGACCCCUAAUUUGGAUCAGAUGGCCUUGGAGGGAAUCCUGUUUCCAGAUUUUUACACAGCAAAUCCUCUAUGUUCUCCAUCAAGAGCAGCCUUACUAACUGGACGUCUUCCCAUACGGAACGGAUUUUACACGACAAACAGCCACGCCAGGAAUGCGUACACCCCACAAGAGAUAGUGGGUGGAAUCCCUGAUUCUGAGGUGCUGCUUCCUGAGCUGCUGAAGAAGGCUGGAUACGUCAAUAAAAUCAUUGGCAAAUGGCACUUGGGGCACAGACCCAGAUAUCAUCCCCUCAAGCAUGGCUUUGAUGAAUGGUUUGGAUCUCCUAACUGUCAUUUUGGGCCCUACAAUAACAAAGUACGGCCAAAUAUACCGGUAUACAAAGACUGGGACAUGAUUGGCAGAUAUUAUGAAGAAAUAAGCAUCAAUCAAAAGACUGGAGAGUCAAAUCUAACUCAGAUAUAUUUACAGGAAGCCUUGAAUUUCAUUAGCAGUUAUGGAGUUGGCAAGCAGCCGUUCUUUCUUUACUGGGCAAUAGAUGCCACUCAUGCUCCUGUCUACGCCUCCAAACCAUUCCUUGGAACGAGCCGCAGAGGCCUGUAUGGAGACGCAGUACGUGAAAUCGAUUUCAGUAUAGGGAAGAUCUUUGACUUGCUUAAGACAAGCGGAAUUGCCAAAGACACCUUUGUGUUCUUCACAUCUGACAAUGGGGCUGCACUCAUCUCUGCUCCGAACCAAGGUGGCAGCAACUCCCCCUUCCUGUGUGGGAAACAGACAACAUUUGAGGGUGGGAUGAGGGUUCCUGGCAUUGCCUGGUGGCCUGGACAUUUGGCUGCAGGUCAGGUGAGCUACCAGCUGGGCAGCAUCAUGGAUCUAUUCACCACCAGCUUGGCCCUGGCAGGAAUAGACCCUCCUGGGGACAGGACCAUUGAUGGCAUUGACCUUUCUUCUGUUAUUUUGGAUGGCAAAGUAAUUGAGAGGCCUAUAUUCUAUUAUCGCGGCAAUGAACUGAUGGCAGUCCGGCUGGGGCAGUACAAGGCUCAUUACUGGACCUGGAGUAACUCAUGGGAGGAACUGUCUGAGGGUAUUAACUUCUGUCCAGGUCAGAAUAUUACUGGUGUAACAACACACGACCAAGUGCAGCACGAUAUCAAUCCUCUCUUAUUCCACCUGGGACGGGACCCUGGAGAAAAGUAUCCCAUAAGUGUGUUAAGUAGUGAGUACCAGUCUGCAGUGUCCAUGAUUUCCUCUGCGGUCCACCAGCACAAGGAAGCCUUGAUUCCAGGGGAGCCGCAACUCAACGUGUGUGACCUCGCUGUUAUGGGUGGCAGUAUUUCUGAAACAGCGCAGAUUGUUAACUGUUCGCUUGCUGCUGAGGUGAAGGUGUAUCGUGACUCGACAAAAGGCCCCAUUGCGAAUAACCAACGUGGAAACUGUGGAGCACCAAGUGCCAUUAAUAACUGGUCUCCUCAGGGAUGUGAGAAACUCCAGAAGUGUCUGACUCCCCCAGAGUCAACACCGUGGAAAUGCUUCUGGCCCCACUGAAGGUUUCCUGGCUUCCCUAAGAUUUGAUUCAUCGUCAGGCUUUAUAGCCGAACAAAGAGACAUCGAUUUGGUUGAGCUGAUUGAGGCUAUCAAGACUAUAACACAGGGUCGGCUGGAAUUUCAUGUGGUCCUAAAGACUUGCUAUGCCUAACACAUCCAUGAAGUCAGUCAUAUGCUAAACUGUGAAACUGGACUCCAGGAACAAGCUAUUUUAAGAAUUAAAGUGCGGAAAUCAGUGUGCUUGUAGGGGCAGCAGGUCUGUCUCUUGUGAUGAUGACACAGUUACUACGGACAACUGCUUAAGUUAAUGUCAAACUCCCAAAACAAGGGGAUUUGUUUCGACAGGUAUUGAUGUGAUAGUCUAUUUUUUUUUUAAGAGCCCAUGAAAUUAAAUCAAAUUAGUUGUGGUGUAACUGUCUCCAUAUCAUUGCUAAGGAUUCAUUGUAAAGUGAAGGACCAUAAAGUUUAUACUUGUACAGAAAAAAAACACUCGCAGGACAUCAGAUGGCGCUGUGGGAAAAAAAAUCCACUGGGCUUAAAGAGUCAUGAUGGCUACACCUGCGUCCAAGUUGUGUGAUAGGCAGCCAUCCAGAUUGUGGUCUCAUCAACUGGAUCUGUCUCUCUGUCUGUGAGGUGGAUGGUAUUGAUAGACCAGCUGUUGAAAUCACGAUGGUCACAGAAUGUCGAUAGCGGCAUCCCGAUGUUCAAAAUCCCGACGUAUCACAGUAAGUAUCUUAACCUUUAUCCUAACCCACCCCUCCCACAGUCUAACCCUAACCCUCCCGCUAGUGCACACCCUAAACCUAACCCACCAUUGGGUGACGCUGUCAGCAUUCUGACCGUUGGGAUUUCAUCCAACGUUGUCCUCAACGCAUCCCCUUUGGGGCCUGUUAGUGCAGGUGGAUGAAGACUGCACACACAGGACAGUAGUGGUCAAACGUUUGCUGAUGCUGUUGAUUUUAAUUGCUUAAUGUUGGGCUUUGCUUUGGUGACGCAUGCUGCAAUACCAGGUAUUUUACCCAAUAUAACUGAUCUCACAGGCACUCUGACCAACUAUAGGCAGUCACUGAAAUAUUGAUGUGAAUAAAUCUCCUUAUUUGACUUUAUGUGCAGCCUGAGUGGUUACACAGUUAGGUAAGUUUGGCAAGCAGACUUGUUGUCAUUGUCCCAUUUAUCUAGCAGAACUGUGUGGACCAUGCCAGCGCUCUCCCUCUGCUCUAUUGAAACCUCUCCCUGAGUUGACAACCUGGAGGAAGAGGAGGCAUAAACAGUGAUGUUUGUACAAGCUUUGCUUGUGUCCAAUCAGCACCUCUGUCAGGCAUUAACACAGCUGUUUGUCCUUCAAAUCUCUCAUUUAUGGUGUGUACACACGGUGAGAUACUUGCUAUGCCCGAUUUUCACUUUGCGAUUUCCCCUGAACUCCCCGGAGCCCAGCACCACCGAUUUUGACUAACUUUUCUUGAGAUAUGGACUAAGUGUGCUUACGAUUUUGGCUUAUGUGAGAUUUUGGCUUAUGUUAGAUUUAAUUGACAUGUGAGAUGAACUAGAUAGUACACCGAUCUAGCAAGGAUUGACUUGCCUGCACAGUCUAUCUUUUCUUGCGAUACCGACCUGGCGGGACCACGCAUCGGGAUCGCAAGUGGCAUAACACCUUGCGAUUUGCACUAACUUUUCUUGCAAUUUUGACUAUAUAGUCAAAAUCGAAAGAAAAACUCUCACCGUGUGUACACACCAUUAGAUGACGUGGCAAGAGAAGGUAUCCAUUGCAUUAAUGUAUUGGCGUUUCUAUGCAUGGUGCUUAUUCAUAGUCCGUUACACACAAAGUAACAAAAUGUGUCCAUAAUGUGUGUUGCAGUAAUCCCCUUUGCAUGUUUGUAGCUACGGCUCCCUCCCAUUCACAUACUACCACAUGCUUCUUUUCAUGGACCUCUACUGAACUCUCUACCAUACCUGGUCAUUCCUGAUCCAGCCCCUACCAUCCCCAAUCACUCCUUUCAGUGCACACUUAGGUACUGUUAUUCCCUAUCUACCCCAACACGCAUCUAUGUACCAUACAGGUACCAUCAUUAAUCACUGCUAUGGAACAGCAAUUAUCCAUUCUUAUUAUAUUGCCUGUCAUUCAUUUUACUAUUUUUCCAUUUAAUGAUUUGUCAUACAUUGUUUUAUUAUGCUGCCUCUGUGACUUGCUGCUGUCUCUGCAUAAACUGCCAUAUCACUCUGACUUUA